AUGAGAAACCAUACGUCACUAACCAGUUUCAUCCUUCUGGGAUUGACAGAUGACCCUCAACUACAGAUUCUGAUUUUUAUAUUUCUACUUAUUACCUACAUGUUGAGUAUAACUGGAAACCUGACCAUCACCAUUCUCAUAUUAAUGGAUUCUCACCUUAAAACUGCAAUGUACUUUUUUCUCCAAAAUUUUUCCUUCUUAGAAAUUUCAUUCACUUCUGCCUGUAUUCCUAGAUUCUUGUACAGUUUAGCAACAGGUGAUAGGACUAUUACCUAUAAUGCUUGUGCAUGCCAACUUUUUUUUACAUAUCUUUUUGGAGUAACAGAAUUUUUUCUCCUUGCUGCCAUGUCCUUUGACCGAUACAUAGCCAUUUGCAAACCCCUGUAUUACAUGAUUAUCAUGAACCACACGGUCUGCAAAAGGCUAAUCUUCUGCUGUUGGAUGACUACUUUGUUGGUCAUACUCCCACCACUUAGCUUAGGACUGGACCUGGAUUUCUGUGACUCUAAUGCCAUUGACCACUUUGCCUGUGAUGCUAAUCCUAUCCUGAAGAUCUCAUGCUCAGAUACAUGGUUCAUUGAGCAGAUGAUUAUUGUGUGCUCUGUGUUAAUCUUCAUUAUGACUCUUGUGUGUGUGAUUUUGUCCUACCUGUAUAUCAUCAGAACAAUUCUAAGAUUCCCCUCUGCCCAGCAAAGGACUAAAGCUUUUUCUACCUGUUCUUCCCACAUGAUUGUAGUUUCUAUCACCUAUGGAAGCUGUAUCUUUGUCUAUAUCAAACCUUCGGCAAAAGAUGAAAUGGCCAUUAAUAAGGGCAUAUUUAUGCUCACUACUUCCAUUUCACCCAUGUUAAAUCCAUUUAUUUAUACUCUGAGGAACAAACAAGUGAAACAAGCCUUUAAUGACUUAGUCAAAAGAUUUAUAUUGCUCUCAAAGAACUAG